AUGGAGGAAGUUCAAACGCCUGAGCAUGGAGGUGGUGGUUUGAAGGACAGUGCACGCACUCCGAAGACCGAGUACGCGGCGACGAGUGAAUAUUAUGAAGAAUAUGAGACAUCACCAGGCUAUGAGACUGGUUAUGAAGAAGGGGAGUACCCGCAACCAAUCGAGUACGACGAGGAUGUUCCAGUUUAUUGGGACAUGGCAACGGAAUGCUAUUACUAUUAUGGCUACGUUCUGUAUUACGAUGACGAGCAAUCUAAUUAUUAUUAUUUUAGUCAUGAAUCACAGGAUUAUUGCUACAUUGAGCAGGCAACCUUGGACGCAAUCAAUGCGAACGAAAUAUAUUCAUAUAACAAUGACACUGGGGAGUACGUGAUGGAGGGCGGCUGGGAAGAGGGCGGUACCCCGGCGGAAGGUGGGGAAGAAGCUGUGGAAGAAGGUGAGACUGAGGAAGGUGAGGAAGAAGGUGAGGAAGAAGGUGAGACUGAGGAAGGUGAGGAAGAAGGUGAGACCGAGGAAGGUGAGGAAGAAGGUGAGACCGAGCCGGAGACGGUGGCAGACCCCAUGGAUGUGCCCAAGGGUGGGUUGUACGGGAUGGGUCUGGCGGACGCGGGUGCUCCAACAGAACUAAGUCCAAGUAUGGCGGCGUUGCUGGAGCAUGUGAAGGCAUUGAAUGCAGAGCCUGACCGGUUCCCUAAUUCGAUUGAUUCAUUCAGUACUUCUUAUUAUGCAUUGGCGAUUAAAGGGCACAAGGACUUAUACGAUAUCUGUUCCGAAGACACGUCUGUUUUGGACGUGUAUAAAACACGACCAAACGGGUCCUUCGUCAUUGGCAGGUGCAAGAGAACGGUAGACGGUCUCAUCAAGGGCACAUUAGAACUGAAGUCACUUGCACCUUCCGAAGUGAGUUCCGUAGCCGGCGUUCUGCAAUCACUAUCUCUACCACAACUCUCCUUCAUACGAUUCCAAGCUCAAAAUUCCCCAUGGCUCAAAUCACCCCAGCCUACCAUGAAAGGAUUCGCUAUCAAAUGCGAUGAAUGUAUUGCCGAAAAACUCAUACAAUAUGCUCUUGCUCAGGCCACUUUUGGAUUGCCACCUGAAAGCGCAUCUCGAAAUCAACAACUACUUAAAGCUAUGGGUACCCCCAACGUCAAACAAUGCGGAUCCUGGGCAAUCUACUGCAUGGGUGCACGCCAUGAACUCAAUAAUGCCAAAGAUCGAAUCAUAGGAACAGACGGAAUGAAACAUUCCUGGUGGUGGCUCACCUCUAGCUCUAGUCCCGCCAUCAAGGGAGAAUGCCAGGAAAACGACAUCAAAGGAAUCUUCUUCCGCCUCCAAAUCAACCCAACCAACGGAAAACUAGAUUUGAAGGCCCAAUUUGACCGGUAA